AUGGAUAGAAAGCUUCCAAAUGGAACUACUCCUGUUCGUAAACAAGGAGAAAUGCGCUCGAAGUUUACGAAGGAGGAAGAUGCGAAACUAUUGCAAUUAGUUAAUGACAGUGGAAAAACUCCAAAUUGGAGAUCUAUAAGUAUUGCCAUGGAAACAAGGACUCCAAGACAAUGCAGAGAGAGAUAUCAAAAUUAUUUAAGACCAAAUAUCGAGCACACCCUUUGGACUGCUGAAGAAGACCAGUUAUUGUUACAACAAUACGAAAUCCACGGUAAUAAAUGGAAUUUAAUAGCCAAAACCAUGAAGGGUAGAACAGGAAAUACAAUCAGAAACCGUUUCCUUUCUUUAUAUCGUAGACAGCACAGAUAUGAUAAGGAAGAACCCGUUGUAUUGAAAAAGGAUGAUGAAAUGCCUAUCCCUGCUACAGAACAAAUAGUCGAUUUACCAUCACAUGUUGGAUUUACGCCAAUAAUCGUUGAAGUUCACACUCCGAAAGUUCGUCUUUAUGUACUUCCUCCUGUAAAUCAAGAAGCGCAGCAUGCAACAUCUGUAUGA